AUGGACUCUGAAAAGUUUGGUGUUGAUAAUGAAGUUAUUGAGGCUCAAGGUUCUAAAUCGGAGAUUUUUUGUCCUCUUGAGAGGAGGGUCAUGGAUUGGCAUUUUGCCAACUUAGAGUACGGUUGUUCUGCUUUGCUUAAAGAAGUAUCACUUCCUUAUUGGAAUCAGGAUGAUGAUUACAGAGGGUUUGGUGGAGCUCAUUGUAUGAUUAAAGAGGUUUACAGUGAUGUUGUCGAAUCUCUAGGAGGACUUAGCAUCCACUUGAACAACGUCGUCACAAAUAUUUCAUAUUUCACAAAGGAUUGCAGUAGUAGUGAUGAACUGAGACCAGAUUUGGUAACCUUAAGGCCUCUAUUCACAACACUCAACCUUGCAAGAGCUGCUUUCUUUAGAUUGGGCCUAUCUAGCUGGGAAGCAACUAGAGAUUGCCCUGCGUCUGUGUUUGGAGGUGGAGAAAGGUGGGGCAGAGAGCAGGAAGAGAGGAGAGGACCAGCACAGGGGGUCGUUACCGAAGAGCGCUUGCUGCGAGAUUUGCCUGGGACAGAGAUAUCGGAGGGGAAAAUAGGCGGCGAUGGUGAAUGGUUUGCUGCGAGAUUUGCCUGGGACAGAGAUAUCGGAGGGGAAAAUAUGCGGCGAUGGUAA